AUGUCCGACACCACAAAAAAGACCGCGCUCGUUACGGGCGCGACCGGGUUUCUCGGCCGGCAAGUCGUCAAGGCGUUUGCCUCGCAUGGCUGGACGGUCAAGGGCACGGGUUACUCCCGCACCGACGGGGUCAACACCCUGAAGGUUGACCUCGCUGACCCUGUGGCGGUUGAGAAGGUGCUGGAGGAGGUUAGCCCACAAGUCGUCAUCCACUGCGCAGCAAACCGAUUCCCAGACAAAGUCGACGCCGACCCAACCGGCACACGCCGACUAAACAUCGAGGCAUCCGCUUCGCUCGCCGAUGGCUGCGCCCGCCGUGGCGCGCUGCUCGUCUACAUCUCGACCGAUUAUGUGUUCGCCGGCCGACCAGGCGAGGCGCCGUACGAGGCUGACGCCCCCACGGGACCGACGAAUUUGUAUGGACAGACGAAAUUGGAUGGAGAGGGGGCUGUGUUGGGGCGGUUUGAGGAAAGGGGGAGGGAAGGGUGGGGGGUGGUGUUGCGGGUGCCGGUGUUGUAUGGGGAGGUGGAAGGGGGACGGAAUGGGGAGAGCGCGGUGAAUUGCUUGAUGGGUGUUGUGUUGAAAAGGGGGAGCGGUGUGAAGAUGGACCAUUGGGCGUUGAGAUUCCCGACUAACACGGAAGAUGUAGCGCGGGUUUGUUACGACGUGGCUAUUCGUUACUUGGAAGACGGAAACAAAGCGGCGCUCCCACGGGUGUUGCAAUUCUCGAGCGAGGACAAAUACACCAAGUACGAGAUGUGCCAACUGUUUGGCGACAUCAUGGGUGCGCCGAUCGACCAUAUUGUUGCCAAUACCGAGGGGAACGAUCCUAAAGCGAGUGUCCAGCGGCCGUAUGAUUGUCAUCUCAGUACCAAGGCGCUACGGGACCUCGGCAUCGACGUCUCGACGCAAGACUUCGUCGGGUGGUGGAGGAGAGAAUGCCGCGCGUUCCGGCAUUGA